AUGCUCGACAACAAGGUCGAGUUGGUAGACAUCAACGUCUCCCAAAGCAAAGAACGUUCAGGACCACCAGCACCUCGUGACGAUGUCUCGUUCCUUGAAACACAGACAAGAACGCGGAGGCUAUUCUCCAGCGCGCAGAUUUUCUGUUUCGCCCUCGUGUAUUUCGGGACAUGGUCUGGCAUAGGCAUCAACAUGUACUACGCCUUACUUAAUGGAGGGCCAGCUGCAUAUCUCUUCAAUUUGAUCAUCGCCUUCGCAGGCGCUCUCGCGCAGGCUCUGUCCCUAGGCGAGCUCGCGUCGAUACUGCCACUUGCCGGCGCGCAGUACUACUGGACGUUUCACUUCGCUCCCUUGAAAAGCGUCCUAAACGAGUCGGCUAUUUUGUUCGAGGCCAGUAUCCAGAUCAACUUCCCUGACUACGAGAGUGGGGGGUGGCGUACGACCCUUAUUGUACUAUGCCUACUGCUUUUCCUCACUGUCGUAAACGUGUGGUUCUUCCGCAUCGUUCCGUGGUUUGAACUCCUCGCCGGGAUUGCUAACAUCUGCUUCUUCUUUAUUGUUCUGGUUACGCUCUGGAUCAUGUCGCCGCGGAACGAUCCCGAGUUCAUCCUUACCACAAACUUCUCGGGCUGGGAGAACAGCUUUGUGUCGUGGAACAUUGGGAUGCUUACCCAGGUCUGGCUCUUCAUUGGUUUUGAAGCUUCGAUCCAUAUGGGCGAAGAGACCAAGAACGCUAAGCGGAAUGCUCCCAUGGCCAUGAUCUACUCAUUGAUCACAAAUGGGUGCCUCGGGCUCAUUAUGGUCGUGACAUAUAUCAUCUGCAUGCCGCCGCUGGAGGACAUCGUUAUGGCCGACUAUCCAUUCCUCUAUCUGUUAGAGACCUCGACCGGGUCCAAGUCAGUAACUACCGUGUUGACUGUUGGCAUAUGCGUCGUUUCGAUGGGCACCAAUAUGUCCAGUUUCGCUUCCGCGACUCUGCCUGCGUUCUUUGGCCAUGUAUCCGGCACAAGGCGCGUCCCGGUCAGAGCAGUCCUGCUGACUUGUACCUGGGUCGCUCUGCUGGCCAUGUUGAACCUCCACGCCGACACAUUCAUCGCGCUGGGGGCCAUUACUUCCUUGUGCUCACUGGCCCUCUUCUUCAGCUAUGCCAUCAUCCUCGGGGUCGUUAUCCAUCUGCGGUUCACUACUCCGGGCCUGCCGAAAGCCGCUUUUAGCAUCGGCCGAUGGGGCCUGCCGGUCAACAUCUUCGCCAUGGUGUGGACCUGCUACAUGAUGAUCUGGUUGCCGUUUCCGACCGAGCUCCCAGUUACUGCGGAGUCAAUGAACUACUGCAUCGCCGUCUUUGGUACUGUGAUGGUCGGCGCCACGACUGCCUGGUUCGCCUGGGCCAAGGACAGCUGGGCUGGGCCUAACCAGGCCAUUGUCAACUACGUGUUGCAGCAUGACGGAAAGGAGUAG